UUUUAAACUAAUUUAUAAAAAAAAAAUAAACAAUUCUUUUUAUUGGAGAAAAAAAGUAAUGUUUUAUACAUAAAAUUGACACAAACUUAACGCGCAUGUUUCUGAAAUGAUUUAACUUUAGUUAUUCUCUCUCUCUUCUGGUGUGACGAGCGAAAAGUCGCAUCGUCGUUGCUUUUAUCGAUCUUGUCUACUCGCAAUAGUGAUUAUUCUACUUUGAAAAAAAAAGAAGAGGAAAACAAUUUUUUCCUAAUAAUAAAAUAGACAACAAAAAAUUUAAAUAAUAAUGGAAGAAUUAAAAAAAGAAGUGACAAUAACAAAAGAACGACCGUCUGGCAUCGCUAAAAUUGCCUACAGACAAGCGAGUAUUAUGACGAAAUGCGAAAGUCCGACAAAAAGAAAAAUUGUCGCCCUCACAACUAAGGGAGAGAGUAAAAAUUUCUUUCAACAACUUCCUAUUAUUGAAAGUAUAACAUCGACAUUUUGCAAUGCUUAUACAACAGUUAAGCAAUCAAAUCAAACAAUUACAAAUAUACUUGAUGAAACUGAAAAAAAUAUUGGCAAAGGAACAGAAAUAAUAGGAAGUAGCAUUGAAAAAUUGCCAUCAAUAGAUUUUUCAUCAAAUGAAUUUAUUGAAAAUCUCAAAAAUAAUUUCAGACUGACGUAUUUAACGACGAAAGAAUGGUGCGAGAAUAUUAUUUGGAGAAUUUCAAAUGUCAUUAAUCAAAUAUCAAUAACGAGCGAUGAAAAAGAUGAAAUUCAAAAAAUAGUCAAAUCCAAAAGUUAAAUAUAUUCCCUUUUUAUUUUUUAGACAUUAUAUAUUUUUUGUGUAUAGAAUGUGGAAAAAAAAAAUUUUGUAAAAAUUUCGAAAAUAUUUUUUUCGACUUCUGUGGAAAAAAAUUAAUUCAAUUUUGAAUUUAUUUUCAAAAUUGAAUUCAAUUCUCAGUAUAUAAAAAAAAACUAACUUUUUUUUAA